AUGGACUUUUGGAAGAAUGUCCAGGCCGCCGCCGAGAAGGCCGCCACUGCGGCAAAGGACCUAGGGAAGAAGGGCUUGGAGGUGGUGGAGGCCAGCGCGGAGGAGGCCAGCAAGAAGCUGAAUCUCAACUUGCACGACAAGGUGGGGGCAGGGCCGCCCAAACAGGUGCCACCAUCGCCUGCAGAGCUCGACGCGUUUGGCAUCACGCCCGACUUUGCCGAAUUUGUGCGUACAAUUAACUACAGCACCUUCCGUGACUUCCCCGCUGAGCACCUGCUCCCCGCAUCAGAAGGCAGCGCGACAGGCGGCCCCGAUGUCGCCAGCAGCAGCGGCGCAUUCGAACUGAAUGCAUGGCAAGUGCGGCAUGCCACGCUGGUGGUGCUGGCGCUCAAGGAGGUCAACGAACUGCGCUUUGUGCUGUGUCCAAAGUACAUGACGGAUGAGCACUUUUGGCACGUCUACUUCACGCUGGCACGCAAGUAUUUGCCUGAAAAGGCGUUCAGCUGGACUGCCACUGAUGUGCUGCCCAGUUUUGAACCAACAGAUCAGCCGCAGGACGAUCCCUUCUCAUUGUCGGGGCUGGGAAACCAGCUGAUGCGGCUGGGCAGUCAGCUGCAGAGUGCUACGUCAGCGGCGCGCCCUGCUGGCCUGGAGCUAACCUCUUUUAGUACCGGCACCAGCUCGAGCGGCGCUAUGCAGCCAGUGCUAGGCGCAGGUGCUGCAGGCAAGGCAGCGAGCGCUAGUGCGGCGGCAGCCAAGCCGGCUCCUGCCAGCGGCAUGCUCGAGGAGGAUCCAGACUUGGAGGCGUACUUGCAGGUUGCCAUUAACACUUCGCAGCCGGGCAGCCAGGAGGGGGAGGAGGGGAGUGGGUACGACGUGGCAGUGGAUGGUGAGGAGGAAGAUUUAGAUUUGGACUCCUAUAUCAACGAGCUGACGGAGGAGGUGGAGGCUGCCGCGGCAGCAGAGAACAAUGCAGCGGAUGAUGGUGGCGGCGAUGCCAAGAAAGACUGA